GAGCUACUUCCGACUGUUUGUGCUCUCUGAUAACAUUGUAGAAGAAGAGGAAAGGCCACGGUACUCUCUGCCGUCAGCGUCAACAUUACACUGUCAGCAUGGGGGCUUGUAUGGCCUUGUGCUCUUUAGCCAGCUGUGCCUCCUGUCUGUGUGGCUCGGCGCCAUGUCUUCUCUGCGGCUGCUGUCCAUCUUCCAACAGCUCCACCAUCACACGGCUGGUUUUCUCCUUCUUCUUGCUGAUGGGCACCAUGGUGUCUGUCAUCAUGAUCCUUCCUGGGAUGGAGGCACAGCUCCGUAAAAUCCCAGGAUUUUGCCAAGGGGGAAAUACCAUAUAUGGUAUCGAAAACCAAGUGAACUGUGACAUCAUUGUGGGCUACAAGUCUGUGUACCGUAUGUGCUUCGCCAUGACCUGCUUCUUCUUUCUGUUCUGCGCCAUCAUGAUUGGCGUCCGUAGCAGCAAAGACCCACGAGCACCUAUUCAAAAUGGGUUCUGGUUCUUUAAGUUUCUCAUUCUCGUUGGGAUUACAGUGGGAGCUUUUUUCAUCCCUGAUGGAACAUUUCACACCGUGUGGUUUUACUUCGGAGUCGUGGGAUCUUUCAUCUUCAUUCUAAUCCAACUUAUUCUUCUCAUCGACUUUGCCCACUCCUGGAACAAGGUGUGGGUAGAAAAUGCUGAAAAUAGUGACAACAAAUGCUGGUUUGCAGGCCUGCUUUCUUUCACCGUCCUCUACUAUGCCCUGGCCAUCACUGCUGUGGUGCUUUUCUACGUUUAUUAUACGCAGCCGGACGAUUGCACAGAGCACAAGGUCUUCAUCAGCCUCAACCUUAUCCUCUGCGUCAUCAUCUCUAUUGUCUCCAUCCUACCCAAGAUACAGGAAGCCCAGCCGCACUCUGGUUUACUCCAGGCGUCCCUCAUCUCCCUCUACACUAUGUAUGUCACUUGGUCUGCAAUGACCAACAAUCCAAAUCGAAAGUGUAACCCCAGCCUGUUGGGUCUAGUGUCAAACGUCAACACCACUCAACCGUCCGGUGACAGCACAACGAUGGAAGCAGUGCAGUGGUGGGAUGCUCAGGGCAUUGUUGGUUUGAUCAUCUUCCUCUUCUGCACUCUCUAUGCCAGUAUUCGUUCAUCCAGUAAUACCCAGGUAAACAAGCUGAUGCAGACAGAGGAGGGCGGAGGAUCAGCUGGAGAAGCUGUUGUGGGAGAGGACGGCAUACGCAGGGCCGUGGACAAUGAGGAGGAAGGAGUCAGUUACAGCUACUCCUUCUUCCAUUUCCACCUCUGUCUGGCCUCUCUGUACAUUAUGAUGACUCUCACCAACUGGUACCAACCAGACACCAGCACUCAGACCAUGCAGAGCAUUAUGCCAGCUGUGUGGGUGAAGAUGAGCUCCAGCUGGCUGGGCCUCGGACUCUACCUCUGGACCCUUGUCGCUCCUCUCAUCUUCCCUGACAGGGAUUUCAGCUGAGCACACCAUGUCUUUUAGAUAGUUUGCUUUGUUUUCUAAUAUAUAGGAAGGAUAUUGUGAAGGAAAUACUUUUAAUUUAUUUUCUUUUUUAAUCAAUCGCCUUUGGUGUUAUUGUGUUUCUGCUGUGUUAGUCCUCUCGGUAUGAUCAUUUAGAGUGAUAAUCACGACAGAUAUUUGAAAGUGUAGUUGAUUUGUGUAGUUUAUUUUUUUUGUAGUUAGCCUGAUUGAUGAUGGCUUUGGCUCCAAUAAGUCUUUUUUUUGCCAAUGAAUCACCUUGACAGGUAACUUCAUACCUUCCACUUCGUGUGGUUGUGAUACGACCGUAUGAGCUAUAUUAUCUUUUUGCUGAGCAACAAGGCACUUUCUCAAUACCUCAGACAUUUCAGUUACAUAUUCCCUUUUUAAAGGCCUGUGACGUCAGACGUCUCUGAUUGGUCGGGUCUGGAAUCCCCCUGAUUAGCUGGACUGUUUUGGUGCUGGGGGCAACGAGGACAUCCUACCUUGGGAGCCCCAGUGUGAGUUGAGUGUGAGACUUAGAUAAGACUAAUAUGACACACCCUACAGAUCAUAACAGGGCUUCCCUUUUGCUGCUAGGCUGUAUGCAAAUCCACGUCACUACACCUUGAGCCAGAGAGUUCUUAGCCCACCACACUAAUCUCACCUCUUCCUCAUCUACUUCAAUCUAUGGUAAUUUAUCUCCGGUGCUAUGCCUCUCCAUGUCUGACUGGCCUUGUACAGCCACGGGCGACAAUCUGUACCUGCAGUCUGUUUGCAGUGGUGAGACAUGUAUUGAUCCAUAGCAGUCAGCACCAUGCGAUGUGCAGCAGUUACAGUGCAGAAGGUGAUGGUGAACUCCACACUUAAAUGCUAUUAUUCACAGAUCGUUUCAGAGCGUGUCAUUGAGUCAAGAAGAAGAGGGAUUUUUAAUUGUCUCGGUGUACAAAACAAUAACGACACAUUUCAGUGCUGAUAAAUUGCUGUUAAAUGGUAUUGACUUUCAUAGUAUGUUAAUGGUUGUAAUGGUGGUACAGUCAUUUUAUGCAUUAUAUAGUAAGUACCUCAAUUUCAGUAUAAGUUAAAAUAAGAUGAGAAUCUUUUGUACCUGUGGAAAAAAAAAAGUGUUUUGCUACAAUCCUGAGAACGGUGUACUUUGUCUUUGUUAUGUUCUUUUUCGAACAUUUCACUGCCCACACAUAUGAAUCACAUUUCUUGUUUCUUUGGCUGCAUCAUUCAGUAUUGUGAAUGGAGUUUUUCAACAUGCUGUGAGAAAUUGAAACCUUUUUUAUUUCAAUAUUCAUUUUAUUUGUCAAACAUGUCAAGCAUAUUGUAUGUUACCACUAUCAAUUCCACUAAGAAGAUUGUUUAUGAAGAAUUGCCAUUGUUGGGUCACAGCACAUAAUAUUUCAGAAUGUUAUUAAGUGCCUUUUUGUAGUCCAGCAUUUCAAAAUAAAUGUAUCACUAAUGCUGACAUGUGCUUUUUUAUGCCUUGACUUACAUUGUGCUUGUUGCAUGCCAUAAGGCAUAGUCCUAUGACAGGAAUUAACAUUGUAUUUAAUGUAUAAAAACAGUUUUUAAUAAAGGUGGAACUCACUCAGUG